AUGCGCAAGGAUGCGGAAGCCGUGGGCAGGUUCUUUGCUCUUGUGAGAACAUAUGGGCAGCCUCAGCAAACGUUCUUCACAAUGGCCCGAUACUCCUCUUCGUUGUCGUCAUCUUCCUCUUCUUCAUGCGGUUGCUGCUGUCCCUGCUCACGGAUCUGCUCAAGAUCUUCAGCCUACACUUUGGCUUUGGGGCUGGGUUUUGUGACAUUAGGAACCAGUCGCAUCCUAUUACUAAAGUUCUCAGCCAAUGAAGAAAACAAAUAUGACUUUCUUCCUGCAUCUGUGAAUUUAAUGGCAGAGGCCAUCAAACUAGUAUUUUGUUUAGUGAUGUCAGUACGGGUGGUUAUUCGAGAGGGCCGCUCAUAUAAAGAUUUAGGAUGUUCCUCUGGCUCCUCUUUUCUCAGUUACUUGAAGUGGUCUGUUCCUGCAUUCCUGUACUUCCUUGACAACCUCAUAAUCUUCUAUGUGAUGACAUAUCUGCAACCCGCCAUGGCAGUGUUGUUCUCCAAUAUUGUUAUUUUUACAACAGCCCUUCUUUUCCGAGUGGUUCUGAAGAGGCGCUUGUCUUGGGUGCAGUGGGCAUCUUUGAUCAUAUUGUUUCUGUCCAUUGUGUCCUUGACCACUGGUGGUGGCGACCAGCAUGCCAUCGCCGUUCACGGCCUCCACCCAGCUCACAUCUCCACCCCUUCCAACAGCUGCCUAAAAUACACGCAUCUCCAUCAAGAGCAUCAAAGCCACAAUGAAAGCUUCUGGAGCCGUGAGCUGUGGGACAGUCAGCUCAUCCACAAGCUAAACGGCUUCGGCCUGGGUUACAUCCUCUUGCUCCUUCAGUGCUUUAUCUCCGCUCUGGCGAACAUCUACAAUGAGAAGAUCCUUAAGGAAGGGGAGCAGCUGGUGGAGAGCAUAUUCAUCCAGAACAGCAAGCUCUACCUGUUCGGUUUUCUCUUCAACAGCCUCACACUGCUCCUGCAUGCCGACUACCGCGAUUUAACACUGCAUUGUGGAAUCCUCUAUGGACACAAUGUCUUCUCCAUCGCGCUGGUCUUUGUCACAGCUGCUCUGGGCCUGUCGGUGGCUUUUAUUUUGAAGUUUCGGGAUAAUAUGUUCCAUGUGUUGACUGGCCAGAUCACAACUGUCGUGGUCACCGCUCUCUCUCUCUUCCUGUUUGACUUCCGGCCAUCAAUAGAUUUCUUCAUGCAGGCGCCUGUGGUACUUCUGUCCAUCUUUAUCUACCAUAGCAGUAAAAUAAAGGAUCCGGAAUACACUCUUCAGCAGGAGAGGCUCAGAGUCAUCAAUGGCGAGGUGUUCGAGAGGUCAAGAGGGGACGGGGAAGAGUUGGAGAGGUUAACCAAGGCUAACACAGAGAGUGAAUCAGAAGAAGAGUCUUUCUGAGUGGGAUUUGAACUCUUUGUAAUUAAUUAUCAUGUAAAUAUUCUGUGAUGAGGCUGUAAAUGUAUUACAUGUAUGUAUUAAAAGAAUGAUACCUGUUCCAGUCA